GCUGGUUUACUUUCGGUAGCUUAUUACUGAAUGUUAGUGAAGCUCUAACACAAAUGACUUCGCUUCGUAUGGUGACCAAUAACAACAACUGAUAAGGAAAUUGCAUUUGCAUCAUAAAUUUCGCACAUUGCAUACGCUAGAAUGGAAGAGCUUACCGCGGAACAACGCAACUGUCGGCAUCGUUUCCGAUGCUUGCUCUGCUCGGACACGGAGGAGUUUUGUGAUUGUUCCACCAACUGCCACUUCGAACACCCUAGACAGGCACUGGUGUCGGACGACCUACUAGUGGCGCUAUUCGGCAGUAAAUCAGACGAUCAGGAGUUUGUCGAAAUCAACAUUUUCGACUGUCCGUACUGCGAUCGUCGAAAGCUGAGCAUCUCUCGUCUGUACGAUCAUCUUACACUGGAGCAUCUCGAUAUUCCGUUCAGUGUGCGCUGUCCGGUGUGUGUAUGUUUCGGCGAUUGUCACUCGCUGCUGGAUAAUAUACACCUGUCCGAGCAUAUAGUUACGAAGCAUAGUGUUACCUUCGAUCAGUACCAGGAGAACCUAUUGAUUUGCGAUAUUUAUUGCGCUGAUGAUCGAGAUUUGUUGAAAUUUAUCGCUGCGACACUUCCACCCACAUACUGUGGGGCGCAAGGAGACAGAUGUUCGCCACCAGCAUCGACCGCUAAUCCGGAGGCUGACGAUGGGGCGAAGAGAAUUGGCCGCACUUGUGCUAUUUGCUUGGAUCUAGUGUUUGAAACUAGAGGCCGUGAAUUACCGUGUAAUCAUAAGUUCCACUCGGAAUGUAUCAACCGUUGGAUUAGCCAAAGCGCCACAUGCCCUGUUUGUAGAAAGAGCAUUCCACGAUAGAGUUAAGAUUAAUGCCUAUGUACUUAGUACAUAUUUCAUUUCGAUGUUACUUCUACUAGUAAUACUGUAAACUAUCAUAUAAUCGGAAAGUGUGAAGCAGUUACAAAUUUAGAACAUUUUGAGGCUGCUUCGUGGUGUUGCCUUCCGUAAAAUAAAAAACAUUACGAUUAACUUUAUUUUCACAA